UCGAUUAAAUUAAUUGUACUAAACAAUUAUUUUUUUAGAAUUACUUUAUUUCUUACAUAACAAUAAAUAUUUAGUACAAUGGAAAAUGAAUAAUGAUGAUAUUAAUACUUAUUUGCCUUCCAUUUUAAAUCCAAGAGCGGUCAAAAUAUUCAACAAGGAUAUAUCACUUACUCAGAAUUCAACAGUUAGUCGUUCAUCUUUGACACUAAAACGAAACAAUACAAACAUAAAUGUCAACAACAGUAUAAACCAGGAUUAUAGUCUUGAUAAAGAAAAUUUAAGAAACAAAAUAAAUUGUUACCCAACUUUUGUACACAAUGUAGGGCAACAGAAAAAUAUUUCUGAUGUAAAUUCAUUAGGAUUUUCAGCUAUAGAAGACAUAAACAGUAUAAACGAUGUUUUUUCUCUUAGUAGUUUUCCUUUAAAGUUAGAAGUCCCUAAUAAAAAUACCGGUACUAAAAACAUUUGUGUAUUAUCAAUUCCAUCAACGCCUGAAUUACACAGAGAGAAAAGUAUUGAUAGUGAUAAAACUAUUAUUUAUGACGUACAUGAGAAACCAGUAAUAUCUCUUUCUUUCUCUGUUUCGAAUUGUGAUAAUGUUGAUAUAAAAACAAAAAAAAGUCACAUAAAAAAUAUAGUAUUAGCACAUAAUAAAACAGACAUAGAUGUAGACUGUGAAAUUUUAGAAGGAUCGGAGUUAUCCGAAGACACAAUAAAUAGUGAUAUAAAUAUGAAUGACUCUUUACUUAAUACAUCAAAACGAAAAGCAGUCUCUGUCAACUUAGAAAUUAAAAAACAAAAAGUGACAGGCACAGAAGAAAAACCUGAGAAUACGAAAAUUCUUAUUUUGAACACAAAUGCCAUUGAGAAACUUACACACAUUAUAGUCCAACCACCAAAUUAUAAAUUAGUGAAACGGAAAAUUAUUGAUACCGAUAAUUACAUUAACUCGAAACAAAAACCUUCUUAUGUGUCUGUUAUUAAGCAUGGGAAACAUGUUAAAAAUGAACAUUUGAAGCAGCAGUCUAUAGACACUUAUUUAAAAAGUAAUAACAUUUCGAAAAUAGAGCCCGUGGUUCCUGUGAAAGAUUCUGACUCAUUGGGUAAUGAUGCUCCUGCAAGUGUUUGUCAUGCUAAGAAACUAGGUCGUAACGAUGCGCAGGAAAUGAACAGGAAUUCAGUGGUUGCAGAUUUAAUUGGACGGACAUCACAUAAGCAAUGUCCUGAACCGUCAAGAUCUCCACGAAUUUCAUUGCCACGAUCACCAUCUCCGAAGCGGGAGGUGAAGUCAUCAAUUUCUGAAGCACAACGGGCUUCCUCGUCGAGAUCUAAAAAGGAUAGUGCGGGGUCUUUGUCACCUAGGAGAAAUAUAGAUUCCAUUCAAUUCACGCUUCCAGUUAAGUCUAAGUCGAAUAAGACAUCAGCUGUUGCGCGUAACAUUCCCUACCAUAAAAUAGUAACAGGGACACAUUUUGCCGUUGAUGCAUUUUCUUAUGGAGAAAUUCCAAACAUUAAACAUUAUUUCUUAACUCAUUUUCAUUCUGACCACUAUAUGGGACUAAACAGAAAUUUCAACAAAAUGUUAUUUUGUUCCAAAAUAACGGCGGAUUUAUGCGUUUUGCGUCUAGGAGUGAGUUUUAAACGUGUUCAUAUUAUAAACCUCGAUGAGACGAUUGUAAUCGAUGGCGUGGAGGUGACAGCGAUCGACGCGAACCACUGUCCCGGUGCACUCAUGUUCGUGUUUACGUUGCCAAAUGGAAAGAGUAUUCUUCACACCGGUGAUUUCCGUGCCUCUGAUGUCAUGGAAUCUUAUCCAGUAUUUUGGAAUAAAGACGUACACACAAUUUAUCUUGACACUACAUAUUGCAAUCCACGUUACGAUUUUCCAAAACAAGAUCAAAGCUUAGAGAUGGCAUUAAAUCUGCUUCGUGAGAAGAAAACAGCGCUCGAAAAGGUCGGGAAGAAGUUUUCUUCCGUACUCAUAGUCUGUGGCACAUACACCAUCGGAAAAGAGAAGUUCUUCCACGGCAUGGCACGUCGAGUGGGCUGCACUGUGUGGGCGUGUCCCGAGAAGGACCUCGUGCUGCAGACGGUUGAAGGUCGCAGUUUUAGCCUCGUACCCCCCCAGUCGUGUCAGCUGCAUGUCGUGCCAAUGCGGGAUUUGACUCAUGAGAAAAUGCGAAGUUAUCUGGCUAAUCUGAAGGGAGCAUUCAGUGAGGUUGUGGCAUUUAAACCAAGUGGCUGGGAAAACGGCAAGAGUCCAUCCGUUGAAAAAGACUCGGUCACUAUACAUGGUAUACCGUACAGUGAACACUCUAGCUUCUCGGAAUUGAUUCGUUUUGUCAAAUUCCUUAAGCCGAAGCAAGUUAUUCCGACUGUCUAUAUAUCCGGGGGUAUAAAAGCUGUGCAGAAAUAUUUCCCGUGUCCGUUGAUAAGCAAAGAAGAUAUUCAUUGUCAGAGCAAAUUAACGGAUUAUUUCACUAUACAGAACCAACAGCAAGUUCCCGCCGUCACUUAAAUAUUUAGGUACAAUUAAAAUAUUCUUAAGUUGACUUAUUGACUGUGAUGUUGUUUUGAUAUUUAUUUUUUUAUAUUAUAUUUUAUAUGACAUUUAUUUGUGAUUUAAAUAAAAGUCUCUGUGUCCGUCUAA